AAUGAAGUUACAAAUAGUUCGUAGAAGGUACGAAGGUAUGGUCAUAAAAGAAGGUGAGAACUUGUCUGAUUUCUUUACCUAAAUGACAGAAACUGUCAAUCAAAUGAGGAAAUAUGGUGAUGAUGUGCCCGAGAAAAAGGUGGUUGAAAAAAUGCUUAGGAGCUUACCUAAGAAAUAUGACCAUAUUGUGGCUGCCAUAGAAGAGUCAAAGGAUUUAGUUGUGUUAACAACAGAUGAGUUGCUUGGUUCUCUUUUUUCUCAUGAAGACAGGAUGAAGAGGUACAAGGAUCCUGUGGAGAAUGCUUUCUACAGCAAGCUACAGCUGUCCAAAAACAAAUAUGGAAGGAGCUCUUCAGAGUUUAGUAACAAAGGUGGAUUCAAUAGAGGACAAGGUGCAGUCUGAGGUAGAAGAAGAGGUCAUGGAGGUCGAUUUGGCAGCAUUAGUCAUCAACAAAGAGCCAAUGAUAGAAGUGCCAACCAGAACUUAAUUUAGUGUUUUGUUUGUAAGAGGUAUGUCCGUAUUACUAAAGAUUGUAGAAUUAAAGAUAAGCAAGCCAAAUUUGCACAGGAAAAGGAUGAUGAAACUGAAAGCUUAUUUCUUGCUUGCUACAUUGCUAAAGAAAGUGUUCUAGAUGUU